GCUGGGGUGGGGGCAGGCGGGAGCCCAAACAGCAGUUCAGAACAUGCGGUGUCCAGGAGGAAGCUAGAACUGGUGAGUGGUUUCUUCUCUCUAGCUGAGACUUUCUUCCUACUAUACCCCUCUUUCUGUCCAACCUGUAGCCCCCUCCUUGAGGUGUCCAAGUAGUAAUCCUCCAUCCCACAAGGGUCCUUACAGUGAGCCCAUACCUAGGAACAUGCCUGUUCCGCACUGAGACACUUGCGUCUGUCUCUUUGUCUGGGUUCCCAGUUCUUUUUAAAAGACAAUGUGGUGGUUUUGACGUGUGAUAAACUUCUGCAUUGUUGGGUUGUCUUUCUAUUCUUCACUUCUGGCUUAUGAAAAACAAAAUUAAACUAUCUCCUUAUCUUAACCUUGAAAAGAAAUAGCCUCUCCCUUUACAGUUCUCAUUUCCCUUUCUCUCACUUCCUCAGGGGUCAGUCUUCUCCAAAACCUCUCCAUCCUUGGGUCGAGAGGCUUCUCUCCCUUGUGGCUUCUGCAUCUGCUCUCUUAACUCACUAGAUGAGUGUCUUUGGUCUCUCCCAGCUCCUUCUCUUAAGAUGUGUUCUAGAAGCUUCAGCCUCAAGGAGCCUCCUGCAGCUAUGAUCCCUCUCUUGCUGCCCUUUCUGCCUCCCAGUACCCUCAGCUCCACAUGAUGGGCUUGCGUGGGGAAGACGCGCUAGCUCUCUAAACUCUCCCAUGAAGCCGUGUCUUGCUCUAUCCCUAACUGGCAGGACUGCCUGGGUCUAAUGGUGAUCUCUUUGUCUGGAAUGAGAAGAGCCUGGCCUACUCAGAGGUCUUUCUCUGCAGAGGGGAUCAGAGAAGCAGAAGCAUCAGUGUCUGCUCUCUUGUAAGAGAUUGCCAAUUGGCAGAAUCCAUGUAUAUUAGUCUUACACCCACUAUUUGAUAUAGUUAACUGCCAGGUCCUUGCUCUUUAAGUCCUGAAUUUGGUCUAAUUUCCAUUCUCUUGCCACCCCAUCCCCACCCCUGGCCCAUUAUGAUCUGGGAUAAGCUCAGGUCCUUUCUUGGGUUAGUUUAUUAGCUCCAUUCAGGACAGAAAGCUCUGAUCCAGAACGAACAACUCACUCUUUCUCCCCUCACCUCCACAGGCUUGAGAAUAUGCUGUUCCUCUCUCCUCUUUCCACCAUGGAUCUCACACUAUGGCCUUUCUCUCAGAACCUCUGAGACUGGUACCCAAGCAAGGCACAAUGCCUUUGUCCCCAAUAAGACUGCCUAGCCCCUAUGGCUCUGAUCGACUGGUACGGCUAGCAGCCAGGCUCUGGCCAGCAUUAUGUGAUACCCUGAUCACUGUGGGGAGCCAAGAGUUUCCUGCUCACAGCUUGGUGCUGGCAGGUGUGAGCCAGCAGCUGGGCCGCAGGGGCCACUGGGCUCUAGUGAAAGGAAUCAGCCCUUCCACUUUCGCACAGCUUCUGUACUUUGUUUAUGGGGAGAGUAUAGAGCUGCAACUUGGAGAACUGGGGCCCCUUGAGGAGGCUGCCAGGGCCUUGGGGGUGCAGUCCUUAGAAGAGGCAUGCAGGAAGGCUCGGAGAGAUGGGACCAGAAUAGAGCUGAAUCCCGGGCUGAAAGAACAUCAGGAAGAGUCAGAGAAACCCACAAAGAAGUCUAAGAAAAGAGUGGGGGGCCUUGGAGAACAGAAACCAGAGAAGUUUGUUAGAGCUGGUGAGAGAGAACAGGAGACGGUGCAUGAGCACAAGCCACCAAGACAGAGCCCUGAGACGGCAGAGGCAAAGCAGGAGGGCCAGGGGGAGCAGAUGAGAUCAGAAGAGAAACUCAACCAAUGCCCUGUUGGCCAUGCAACAGUAGAUGGGAAGCAAGAAGUGAUCAUGUGGGUGAAAGAUAGUCCAGGGGGCUCUGAGGAAAGUCUGGGGAAGUUCCCUGGCCCCCUUCCCCCACCAGGUACCCUUGAAACCAACAUCACCUCUAGGCCUUGGUGGGCUGAGGCCCCUUGGUUGGGGGAGGGACAGCCUUCCCUGUGGAGCAUCCUGCUGUUGCCGCCUAGAUAUGGCACUCCCUUCUCCCAUAGCACCCCUAUCACUGCAGCCUGGCAAGAGGUCUGGCCUCGGGACCAGAGGAUCCCACUGUCCCUGAACCUCCACAAAGGGCUUUGGAGCCAGAACCAGUUGGCCUCCUCCAGCCCUACCCAAGGUCCCCUCCCCCAGGGCCCCACACAACUCAGCCCUGGGGAGAUAGAAAAGACUGAUCAGAGGCACACAGGUGCACUUGCAACCUGUGUGGGUCAUGUGGGCACAGCAGGCCACCCAUCACACCACCGACCCCUUGCCCCUCCUGCUCGGUCUCGGCCUUAUUCUUGUUCUGUCUGUGGAAAGAGGUUUUCACUCAAGCAUCAGAUGGAGACACACUACCGAGUCCACACAGGAGAGAAGCCCUUCUCCUGUAGCCUCUGUCCUCAGCGUUCCCGGGACUUCUCUGCCAUGACCAAGCACCUGCGGACACACGGGGCCGCACCCUACCGCUGCCCUCUGUGCAGAGCCGGGUGCCCUAGCCUGGCCUCCAUGCAGGCGCACAUGCGCGGCCACUCGCCCAGCCAGCUCCCACCCGGAUGGACCAUUCGCUCCACCUUCCUAUACUCUUCCACCUCCUCCUCCUCCUCCAGACCAUCCCCGGCCUCGACCUCUCCCUGUAGGCCCCCUUCCUCCUCCACCUGACGAGAUGUCUGUAGCUUCUUUGGCUUCAGCCAAAGAAUGAAAGAAUGAAAGACGGGCAAGCAGGCUGGCUAGGCUUCGGACCCGUCACUGGGGCUUCGGAUGCAUAACAAAUUCGGCUCUAAGAAGCGCCGCAGGAGGGGCGCCGAGAGCCUCUCCCCCAGAUGACCACGGGCCGCAGAAGCCUGGGCCAGCGAUACCGUGUGGGGUGAAGGCAGUGAAGUUUGCAUAAGUGAAGGUUAACCGUGCGGGGGCUGUUGAUUUCAUCACCAAAAUAAAGCGUUUCCUGUGCCUUCCUCAGGACAAGCCGAGUCCAGACUUUGGUCUGUGCGUGGGGACCGGGGAGGCCGCAGCCUUGCCUCUAGUCCUGUAGCGGCCCCUGGUGGCCGUGCGUCCGUUGUUUGGCGCGGCAGCCACCUCCUCCAUCACCUGGGGUUCCCUGUCCUCCCCCGAGGGCAGCGGGCCGCGAGGGCUCGGUGUCCAAGCAAACUUAGCAGCAAGCCCUGUGGCGAGACUGUAAGAACCCAAGUUACUGCCCCUUCCACAGCAAGCAAAGGCGCGCGGCGUCUGAGUUUGGGAUUCCUGGCCCGAGGCUGGAAAAGAACGCGUGUUCCGCCCAGCUUUUGGCCACUCGCCUCCUCUCCUUGAGCACAAGGACUGCAGGGCCGUGGCUUCCGUGGCAUCUUUCCUCCACACUGCGCGUAAUAGCGAGAGGUCUGACUGUACCUCGAACUAAGACUAACCGUCGGCCACCGCCCCUUCCCCAGCCCACGCCUCCUGCAGUUGCGAACUUCGUUUCCCAGUGCCUUGGGGGGGCUCUCAGGAUCCGAAGCCCCAUGCACCUUGGGAGUAGUAGUUCAUCCGAGCCGGUGGCCUACACAAGACUGACGGGAGGAGUCUGGGGGCGAGAACCACACCUUCCGGCGGCCCGAGAGUUAGCUUGCUUUCUGGGUGAGACCUCACUCUCCCACUCCCGGCGGAAGGAGCGAGGCGCCUGGACUACAUUUCCCUGAGGCCCCUGCGCCUCACCCCUCUCCCGCCGCGACGCGGGCACUGUGCUCUUCAGGCGCGA